AUGUCAUCGUCUUGGGAUCAAACGACUUUUUCACUUAGUCCUAGAAGUAAAGGAUGUUAUUUAAUUACUGAUGAAAUCUUAAGAAAUAUUCCACAAAUUAAAGAUUAUCAAAUUGGUAUGGUCAAUUUAUUUUUACAACAUACAAGUGCUGGUUUAACUCUCAAUGAGAAUUAUGAUCCUGAUGUAAGAAAAGAUAUGACAAGUUCAUUAGAUAGAAUGGUUCCAGAAGGUGAUUUUUAUAUUCAUUCAGAUGAAGGACCUGAUGAUAUGCCUGGUCAUGUCAAAAGUUCAACUGUUGGAGUAAAUUUAAACAUUCCUAUAACGAAUGGUAGAUUGGCUGUUGGUACUUGGCAAGGAAUUUGGUUAUGUGAAUUUAGAACUUAUAAACAUACAAGAAGAAUUGUUGCUACAAUUAAUGGACAAAAGAGAAAAUAG